AUGCGCUUCAACACCCUCGCCGGUGCGGCUCUGGCCGCCACCUCGGCCGUCAUGGCCAAGGAGUUGCCCAAGAACGAGGAGCUGGCCGCCGAGCUCUACGACUCGGGCGUCAUCCACGAGCAGAUGAUGGCCAGAAAGAUGGCCCACUGGACCGCCGAGUUUGAGGCCGGUCUGCUGCAGUCUUCCAAGUGGCCCCGCCUCAAUUACACCAAGUGUGUCAACGGCUACGCCGAGGCUAUCAAGGGUGACCCUCUGCACAAGUUCAAGUGCAAGAACCUCCUCACCAUCAAGGCCUCUGACGCCCCCGUGCGCUUCUCCAACGACAAGGAUCUCACGGGUCACUUCGCCGACCUCCCCGUGGGCCGCAGCCACAACGUCGUGAUCAACGAAGAGGCGAACUACGGUGUCGCCGUCGGUGCCGCGCCCCGCAACGGUACCUGUCAGGCCGGUCUCAUCUUCUUCGACCUUACCGACCCGUCCAAGCCCACGAGGCUUGGUUGCAACGGCGAGGACGGCUACGUCCACGACGCCCACUGCCUCAUCUACCGUGGUCCCCACAAGAAGUACGAGGGGCGCGACAUCUGCUACGGCUACAACGAGGACACCCUCACCAUCUACGACGUCACCGACAAGGCAAACUCCAAGAUCAUCUCCAUUACCUCGUACGAGGGCGCUACCUACACCCACCAGGGUUGGGUUCUGGAUGUGAACAACCAGGAGUACCUGUUCCUUGACGACGAGAUUGACGAGGAGGAGAGUGCUGGCCCCGCUGCUGACGGCUACCCUGUCACUUACAUCUUCGACAUCCGCGAUCUCGAGCACCCCAAGCAGACCGGCCUGUACAAGGCUGCUGUCCGCGGCAUCGACCACAACCAGUAUAUCCGCGACGGCCUGAACUUCCAGUCCAACUAUGGUGCCGGCGUCCGCGUCUACGAUGUCAGCUCCGUGCCUGAGGACCCCACCGGUGACUCGGUCUGCGAGGUUGCUUUCCUCGACAUCUACCCUGAGGACGACAACGAGCCCGGCGGUGGUAUCGUUCAAUAUUCGGGUACCUGGGCCUCGUACGCGCAAUUCGACUCGGGCUACAUCUUCAUCAACACAAUCGAGCGCGGCGCCUUCCUCGCCAAGCUGACCAAGCGCGAGAGGUGCAAGCCCAAGAGCUGCAACGCCGACAACUGUCUCCGUGCCCUCCGCUCUAGCUCGGUCAAGGGCCGUCUCGAGGAGAGCCAGGAGUUCUGCGCCGGCUUCCUCGAUGGCUGGAAUGCCCAGGUCACUGCUGUUCCUGAGUACGCCCAGAAGGCGUGCCCUACCAACGUCAUCUCGCGUGUCAGCUCGGCGUGCUCGUGCCUGCCCACCGCGGCCCCCACGACGGCUUAG